AGGUUGCAGAAUCAGCAUGUGUCUCUAAAAGUUAAAAAGACAGAAGCAGUCUCUGCCAGCCAAGAAACCAGCAAAAAUAGUUCACAAUGGAUGUAGAUGAUGAAGAAAACAUGAGUUCGAGCAGCACUGAUGUUAAAGAAAACCGCAAUGUGGACAACGUUCCCCCCAAGGAUGGCGGUGGGCAAGGUGCCGGGGAGGGGACGCAGCUCUCCAAUGGUGGUGGCAGCAGCAGUAGAAAGCGUCCUUUGGAGGAGGGCAACAAUGGCCACUCCAAAUUUCGCCCAAAGAAGAGGAAGAAAACACCCGGCCCUGUUCUGCCAAAGAAUGCCCUGAUGCAACUUAAUGAGAUUAAGCCAGGAUUACAGUAUAAACUCCUCUCCCAGACAGGGCCGGUCCAUGCCCCCAUGUUCGUGAUGGCAGUCGAAGUCAACGGGCAGGUAUUUGAGGGGUCUGGCCCAACAAAAAAAAAAGCCAAGCUUCACGCUGCUGAGAAGGCUCUGCGAUCUUUCGUCCAGUUUCCAAACGCCUCAGAAGCCCACCUGGCAAUGGGGAGGACCCUGUCAGUCAACACAGACUUCACCUCCGACCAAGCGGACUUCCCCGACACGCUUUUCAACGGGUUCGAAACACCGGUCCCUUCUGAUGCUUCCUUUUACCUAGGGUCCAAUGGGGAUGGGUCCUUUAGCUCUAGUGGGGACUACAGUUUGCCGUCAUCUGCUGUAGCUAGCAGCCUUUCCCAGUCACCUCUCCCCGUGCCAUCACCCUACCCCUCCACCAGCGGGAAGAACCCUGUCAUGAUCCUCAAUGAGCUGCGGCCAGGGCUGAAGUAUGAGUUUCUCUCAGAGAGCGGGGAGAGCCACGCCAAAAACUUUGUCAUGGCCGUGUCAGUGGACGGUCAGACUUUUGAAGGCUCAGGAAGGAAUAAAAAGCUGGCAAAAGCUCGGGCUGCUCAGUCAGCCCUGGCAUCCUUGUUUAACAUGCAGCUGGACCAGACCCCAUCUCGACAGCCCAUUCCCAGUGAGGGGCUCCAGUUACACUUGCCACAGGUUUUAGCUGAUGCUGUUGCACGCUUGGUUGUAGAUAAAUUCAGUGAUUUGACAGAAAAUUUCACAUCUCCACAUGCACGUAGAAAAGUCCUUGCUGGAAUUGUCAUGACAACAGGUACGGAUGUAAAAGAUGCCCUGGUAAUAAGUGUUUCUACAGGAACAAAAUGUAUCAACGGUGAAUAUAUGAGUGAUCGUGGUCUUGCAUUAAACGAUUGUCAUGCAGAAAUUAUAUCUCGACGGUGCCUGCUUAAAUUUCUAUAUACACAACUUGAGCUUUAUCUAAGCAAUAAAGAAGAUCAACAAAAAUCCAUUUUUAUCAAAUCGGAGCGAGGAGGGUUUAAGCUGAAGGAGAAUGUGCAGUUUCAUCUCUAUAUCAGCACAUCUCCUUGUGGCGAUGCUAGGAUUUUCUCACCGCACGAAGCAGCACAAGAGGAUCAAGGCGACAGGCAUCCAAACCGCAAAGCAAGAGGACAGCUACGGACAAAAAUAGAAUCUGGGGAAGGGACCAUCCCUGUGCGCUCUACUACCACUAUCCAGACAUGGGAUGGCGUAUUGCAAGGAGAAAGGCUACUCACCAUGUCCUGCAGUGACAAGAUAGCGAGGUGGAACGUAUUGGGUAUUCAAGGAGCCUUACUUAGCCUCUUUGUGGAGCCAAUUUACUUCUCUAGCAUCAUCUUGGGGAGUUUAUAUCAUGGGGAUCAUCUAUCCAGAGCCGUAUACCAGAGGAUAGCAGAGAUAGAAGAUCUACCACCUCUUUAUACACUCAACAGACCUUUACUUAGUGGUAUUAGCAAUGCAGAAGCCCGUCAGCCAGGGAAAGCACCAAACUUCAGUGUGAACUGGACAGUAGGAGACACUGGUCUUGAAGUUAUUAAUGCUACAACCGGAAAAGAUGAAAUGGGUCGUGCAUCUCGCCUUUGUAAGCAUGCUUUUUACAGCCGCUGGAUGCGUAUUCAUGCAAAGCUUUCUUCCAGCUUGCGCUCAAAGAUCCUCAAGCCUAACCUGUACCAUGAAACCAAGCAAGGAGCCACUGAGUAUCAAACUGCCAAAGAGUGUUUGUUUAAAGCAUUCCUGAAGGCAGGACUUGGAGCCUGGGUGGAGAAGCCCAUAGAACAGGAUCAGUUUUCUCUCACAGUCUAAUUCACAGACUACACAUCACUUUGGAAAGGGGGUUGUUCUGGAAAUUCCUGGUGUCCAGCACUACUUUCUGGCGUCUCCACAGCUGUCAAAACAUCUUUUUACUGUUUGGAGUUAAUUUUUUUCCUUUGUUUUUUUGAAACGUAAUAGUAACUAUUUCAGUUUUGCCUAAGUAUUGAAACUCAAUGAUGAUCUGACACAUAAUUGUAUAUUUUGUUAUGGGAAAGUAAUUUCUGGUGUAUUUCUAGAAAUACUUUUACUGUAGAAAACUUGCAGUAAGGCUGUCCUUACAGUAUAAAAUGACUCAUUUUUUCUGGGUUAAAAUAGUUCCUUUUUUUAUUUGAAUGUCAUCAAGUGCAUGAAGAAAUGAAAGUUUCUUUAGGUUUUACAUCACACUUUUAGGAAGUAACUUAAUAUUUCUAAAAGAAAAUAGGUGACAAAGCUGAUUCUACUCCUCUGUUAACUUGUUUUUGAACUGCAGAUAUUUCUAGCAUACAGACCACAGAGCCAGAAUGGAGUCUGGACAGCUAGUUUUUCCCCACUUCCUUGCUCUUUAAAACCAGCUGCUGAAAAUGUCAUGUCUUUGAUGUAUGUAUUUAUUAGUAUGUGACCCAGUUUUUAACAUGCAGCUUUUUAUUCUGUUUUUAAAUAUACAUUUACCUCCCAUUUA